AUGUCGAUGCUGUCUAUUGAUAGCAGCUUCUACUCGAGAGCGACAACAAUCAAUCUGGCAGUACAUCGCAAGGCUGAAGGCGAUGACAGUUUCGAUAGGUUGGCACUGUCCAGCAGCAGUAGCAGUGACAGCAACAACAGUGAUCUGUACUCGGACAGCGAUGAUCAUCCAGCCAACAACAACAAUACAAACUCAAAUACACCACAACCGCCACAAGCUAACCAGAUCCAGUCGUCCGCGGACACAGGACUGGAAACACCUCGCGAAGUCCUAUACAGUGGAAACAGCACAGAUGAACAUACAGCCACUGCCACACAUACAACUGCCACAGCUCCAACCACUACCAUUAUGACCGGAAACACAUUGACAACAAACAAUGCCGACAGCCUCAAUCAACCAUCGUUCAACGAGCUGAGCAUAACAUGCGACACAUUGACAGAGACCGACGACGAAAGCUUUGGCGACAUUGAUCUGGACAGUUGCGACGACGACGACGACAAUGACGAUGACAAUGACGACGAACUCACAGAGGUCUAUAUGGACAGAGAGCAGAAGCAGCAACAGGGAGCACAAACAACAGAGUUCCUUGCCACACUCACUCCCCAUCAGCAGCAUCAGCUGAACCUGUUGCAAGACCUAUACAAUCAGAGUUCGAGAAGAAUGCGCGAGGGAAGGUCGCCCUCACUGCCGCCUGUUGAUUGUCCCAACGGAGGAGGUCGCACUCAAGGCUCGGGUUCGCCACGCCUCUGUGACUCGUUCAGGAUAUCACCUUUGGAAGGAAGUCCAAACACUCAGCCACUGUCACUGUCAUACUCUAGCAACUGGUCCGACUGCCAUUCCCCGCAGUCCCUGCAUUGUCUGGCGUGUGUCCCCACACCUCUCUCUUCAUCUAUUCAGAACGACUCAACACUUGGCCAAUCGAUCAGCAGCAGUAGUAAUAAUCCAUUGUUGUCAAGCAGUUUCAAUAGUAUAUCAAUGUGCGGCGUCAACAACCAUGCGGCAGUCGACUCGCCAUUGAAUGUUUCGCCAUCAACAACGCCAAGAAGUCUCAAUUGCUCAAACUACACCAUACUACCACCUAGCAACGCUAAGCCACAAGGCAAGGCCAGCAUGAUCAGUUCAAUACUUAAGCGUGGCAAGAAGCGCCUUGCAACAAAGUUUAGCAACAACAAUCAAACCAACAAUGGCGCCAACAACAGUCACAGCCACAACAACAACAUCUCUGGCAAUCACAAUGGCAACAACAAAGAUUACAAUAACAUCAAUAACAUGUCUGGCAGUGGCAUCAAGUAUUUCGAUAAUCCCUUCGAUCCAUCGCCAACAACAUCAAUAACAACAUCAUUAUUGGAGCCUACACCAUCAUAUGUUCAAGUGUAUCGUGGCAUCACUGGAGAGAGCUGGCGAGUCAAGGUAUAUCCAUCGACCACCGUGACCGACCUGAUAUCAAUGCUACUGAGCACGACCACAAUCGAUCCAUCAACACUCACUCUAUACAUCACAAAGUCACUCAACGACUCAUCACUGGGCAGCAGUGGCAGUCUUGGACAUCACAGCGAGAUGGGCAAGCCAGCCGAGCGACAACUACACAAUGAUGAGAAGAUCCUCAAGGCCCAAAGGAAAUGGUCCAGCUCAUCUGUAUUUAUAUUAAAGACAUCGAGUAUGUAUAACAAUCAAGACACGUCAAUGGACUGUCGGUGGCCAUCCACUAACCUCCAACUCAUCAACUACAACAGGGAAUAG